AUGGGAGGCCCACCUGAUCCAGAGGGCGGUGCUAGACGAAAAGGCGGUGGCUUUCAAGAAGACGGUGUUCGACUGGGAGGCCCAGCUGCUCCAGAAGGCGCUGCUGGACGAGGAGGCGAUGGAGUUCAAGAGGACGGUGGUCGACUGAGAAUCCCAGAUGCUCCACAAGGCGGUGCUCGACGAGGAUGCGGUGGCUUUCAAGAAGACGUUGUUCGUAUGGUAGGCUCACCUGCUCCAGAGGCCGGUGCUAGACGAAAAGGCGGUGGCUUUCAAGAAGACGGUGUUCGACUGGGAGGCCCAGCUGCUCCAGGGGCCUAUGCUAGACGAAAGGGAGGUGGAUUUCAAGAAGACGGUGUUCGACUGGGAGGCCCAGCUGCUCUAGAGGGUGGUGCUAGACGAGGGGGCGGUGGUUUUCAAGAAGACAGUGUUCGACUGGGAGGCCCAGCUGCUCCAGAAGGCGGUGCUGGACGAGGAGGCUGUGGAGUUCAAGAGGACGGUGGUCGACUGAGAAUCCCAGCUGCUCCACAAGGCGGUGCUCGACGAGGAUGCGGUGGCUUUCAAGAAGACGUUGUUCGUAUGGGAGGCUCACCUGCUCCAGAGGGCGGUGCUAGACGAAAAGGCGGUGGCUUUCAAGAAGACGGUGUUCGAAUGAGAGGCCCAGCUGCUCCAGGGGCCUAUGCUAGACAAAAGGGAGGUGGCUUUCAAGAAGACGGUGUUCGACAGAGAUUCCCAGCUGCUCCAGAAGGCGGUGGCUUUCAAGAAGACGGUGUUCGACUGGUAGGCCCAGCUGCUCUAGAAGGCGCUGCUGGACGAGGAGGUGAUGGAGUUCAAGAGGACGGUGGUCGACUGAGAAUCCCAGCUGCUCCACAAGGCGGUGCUCGACGAGGAGGCAGUGGCUUUCAAGAAGACGUUGUUCAUAUAGGAGGCUCACCUGCUCCAGAGGGCGGUGCUAGACGAAAAGGCGGUGUCUUUCAAGAAGACGGUGUUCGACUGGGAGGCCCAGCUGUUCCAGGGGUCUAUGCUAGACAAAAGGGAGGUGGCUUUCAAGAAGACGGUGUUCGAGUGCGAGGCCCAGCUGCUCUAGAGGGUGGUGCUAGACGAGGGGGCGGUGGUUUUCAAGAAGACAGUGUUCGACUGGGAGGCCCAGCUGCUCCAGAAGGCGGUGCUGGACGAGGAGGCUGUGGAGUUCAAGAGGACGGUGGUCGACUGAGAAUCCCAGCUGCUCCACAAGGCGGUGCUCGACGAGGAGGCAGUGGCUUUCAAGAAGACGUUGUUCAUAUAGGAGGCUCACCUGCUCCAGAGGGCGGUGCUAGACGAAAAGGCGGUGUCUUUCAAGAAGACGGUGUUCGACUGGGAGGCCCAGCUGUUCCAGGGGUCUAUGCUAGACAAAAGGGAGGUGGCUUUCAAGAAGACGGUGUUCGAGUGCGAGGCCCACUUGCUCCAGAAGGCGGUGCUGGACGAGGAGGUGGUAGCUUUCAAGAAGACGGUGUUCGACUGGGAGGCCCAGCUGCUCCAGAAGGCGGUGCUGGAGAGGAGGCGGUGGAGUUCAAGAGGACGGUGUUCGACAGAGAUUCCCAGCUGCUCCAGAAGGCGGUGGCUUUCAAGAAGACGGUGUUCGACUGGGAGGCCCACCUGCUCCAGAGGGUGGUGCUAGACGAAAAGGCGGUGGGUUUCAAGAAGACGGUGUUUGACUGGGAGGACCAGCUGCUCCAGAGGCCUAUGCUAGACGAAAUAGAGGUGGCUUUCAAGACGACGGUGUUCGACUGGGAUGCCCAGCUGCUCCAGAAGGCGGUGCUGGACGAGGAUGCGGUGGUUUUCAAUAAGAUGUUGUUCAACUGGGAGGCCCAGCUGCUCCAGAGGGCGGUGCUGGACGAGGAGGCAGUGGAUAUCAAGAAGACGGUGAUCGACUGGAACGACCAGCUGCUCUAG